GAGUGGGAAGAAGUUACUGUUUUUAUGUUAAGUGCCUUUUCAGAGUCUAAUUUACAACCAAGAACGGCAAAAGUACCCCUUGGCUUUGUGCCUCUGCGGCGCUCCGGGGAUCUCCUUCCCCGUCCCUCUCCCUUUCCGAGAAUCCGCGUUCCGUUGUUGAACUACGUUUCCCAGCGUGCCGCGCGGCCGAGAGAGUGGACUCCAUCAGUCCUUCCUCUUUGCCUACCAGCUCGUCGUAGCAUGAUGAUGCAAAUGCGUCGGGCGCCUGUGAGUGACGACAUUCUGGCUCGCGACCGCGGCAGCCGCCUUAGCCGCGGUAAUAGGCGCAACGGCGGCGGAGGCUGCAGGGACGACGACGACGGCGGGGCGGGCGCUGUGCGCACAGGGGAGGGGUAGGCGGGCGGCGCCAGCGGCUUCAACUGCGGCAGCUACGGCUAGGGCGACGGAAGAAUCCCCACCAGUCGGCGGUCGAGUUAGGCCUCAGCACCGCCGGGAGCUGUUCGUGCUGUCCUCUGCGGGAGAUCUCCAUAGAGACCGUGACAUACACAGAGGCGGGGGUCCGCAGAGGCGGCGGGACCGGAGCCUCCUCGGCCUCUGCGGCCGCCACCCCCUUCCCCGCUGCCAGCACUCACCCUCUCUCCGCUCCUGCUCGCAACCUCGCGGUUCCUGGGGUGCUUGUGCCCACUGUGUGGACAGCUCGGGCGGACUUUUGGGCCGGGGCCGGGCGGCGGGGGGGGCGCUCUAAGGCCUCCGCCUCUGCCUCUCCCGCCCCCUUACCCGCCCCGGAGCGGGAAGCGGCGGAGGCUCCGCCAUGGCCUCGGGAGCCGGAGGAGUCGGAGGGGGCGGUGGCGGCAAGAUCCGGACGCGGCGUUGCCACCAGGGGCCAAUUAAGCCUUACCAGCAGGGGCGACAACAGCAUCAGGGCAUUCUUAGCAGGGUUACAGAGUCUGUUAAGAAUAUUGUGCCAGGGUGGCUACAAAGAUACUUCAACAAGAAUGAAGAUGUAUGCAGCUGUUCAACAGACACAAGCGAGGUUCCACGCUGGCCCGAAAAUAAAGAGGACCAUCUGAUAUAUGCCGAUGAGGAGAGCUCUAAUAUUACUGAUGGGAGAAUCACACCUGAGCCAGCAGUCAGUAAUACAGAAGAACCUUCAACAACUAGUACUGCUUCAAAUUAUCCAGAUGUGUUAACAAGGCCUUCUCUUCAUCGGAGCCAUCUGAAUUUCUCCAUGUUGGAAUCCCCUGCAUUACACUGUCAGCCAUCUACAUCCUCGGCAUUCCCAAUUGGCAGUUCGGGAUUUUCCCUUGUAAAGGAAAUUAAAGAUUCUACCUCUCAGCAUGAUGAUGAUAACAUCUCAACUACCAGUGGUUUUUCUUCAAGAGCUUCUGAUAAAGAUAUAACUGUUUCAAAGAACACUUCAUUGCCACCUCUGUGGUCCCCAGAAGCUGAACGUUCUCACUCACUCUCGCAGCACACUGCCACCAGCUCAAAAAAACCAGCAUUCAACUUGUCUGCCUUUGGAACACUUUCCCCUUCACUUGGGAGUUCUUCAGUCCUUAAAACCAGUCAGCUUGGAGACUCUCCUUUUUAUCCUGGAAAAACAACAUACGGUGGGGCAGCGGCUGCUGUAAGACAGUCUAAACUACGAAAUACACCUUAUCAGGCACCAGUUAGAAGACAAAUGAAAGCUAAGCAACUCAGUGCACAAUCUUAUGGUGUGACCAGUUCAACGGCUCGGCGAAUAUUGCAGUCUUUAGAGAAGAUGUCAAGCCCUUUAGCGGAUGCAAAAAGAAUUCCAUCCAUUGUUUCUUCUCCUCUGAAUUCUGUGGAUUCUCAGUAUCCUCCUGUUCAGAGACUUAUGACCCCAAAGCCAGUUUCCAUAGCAACAAAUCGAAGUGUUUAUUUUAAACCAUCGCUGACUCCAUCUGGUGAAUUUAGGAAGACUAAUCAAAGAAUAGAUAAAAAGUGCAGUACUGGAUAUGAAAAAAAUACGACACCUGGACAAAAUAGAGAACAACGAGAAAGUGGCUUUUCAUAUCCAAAUUUCAGUUUGCCUGCAGCCAAUGGUUUAUCUUCUGGAGUAGGUGGUGGAGGUGGCAAGAUGAGACGAGAAAGAACACGCUUUGUUGCUUCUAAAUCUCCGGAGGAGGAGGAAAUGGAAGUUCCGGUAUUACCGAAAAUCUCUCUACCAAUCACCAGUUCUUCAUUGCCUACUUUUAAUUUUAGUUCCCCUGAGAUCACAGCUUCCUCUCCAUCACCCAUCAGUUCGUCUCAAUCAUUAACAAACAAGGUACAAAUGACCUCUCCAAGCAGCACUGGCAGUCCCAUGUUUAAAUUUUCAUCUCCAAUCGUAAAGUCUACUGAGGCAGAUGUACUACCUCCAUCAUCUAUUGGAUUUACAUUUAGUGUGCCUGUUGCAAAAACAGCAGAACUUUCUGGUUCUAUUGGUACUUUACAGCCAAUUAUAAGUAGUUCAGCUCACGAUGUCACUGCAGUGAACAGUACAAGUUGUAAGAAGACACCACCUGAAGAUUGUGAGGGUCCUUUUAGACCUGCAAAAAUCCUGAAAGAAGGAAGUGUUCUAGAUAUUCUAAAAAGCCCUGGUUUCGCAUCACCGAAGAUAGAUUCUGUUGCUGCUCAGCCCACCACAACAAGCCCAGUAGUUUAUACAAGACCAGCAAUAAGUAGCUUUUCUUCUAGUGGAAUUGGGUUUGGGGAAAGUUUAAAAGCUGGGUCAUCAUGGCAGUGUGAUACAUGUCUACUCCAGAACAAAGUUACAGACAACAAAUGCAUAGCCUGUCAAGCAGCAAAAUUGUCACCCAGAGAUACUGCUAAACAGACUGGAAUUGAAACACCAAACAAAAGUGGCAAAACAACUCUUUCUGCACCAGGGACAGGUUUUGGAGACAAAUUUAAACCAGUGAUAGGCACUUGGGAUUGUGAUACCUGUUUAGUGCAAAAUAAACCUGAAGUGAUAAAAUGUGUAGCCUGUGAAACACCGAAACCUGGAACUGGUGUGAAGCGAGCUCUUACAUUGACAGUGGUUUCGGAAAGUGCUGAGACUAUGACUGCUUCAUCUUCCAGCUGCACUGUGACCGCUGGUACCUUAGGAUUUGGAGAUAAAUUCAAAAGGCCUGUUGGAUCUUGGGAGUGUUCAGUAUGCUGUGUUUCUAAUAACGCAGAAGACAAUAAAUGUGUGUCCUGUAUGUCUGAGAAACCAGGAAGUUCAGUACCUAUUUCAAGUAGCAGCACUGUACCCAUCUCUCUGCCUUCUGGAGGCUCUCUAGGAUUGGAAAAGUUCAAGAAGCCUGAGGGGAGCUGGGACUGUGAAGUGUGCCUAGUGCAGAAUAAGGCUGACUCUACCAAAUGUUUGGCAUGUGAAAGUGCAAAGCCAGGCACAAAAUCUGGGUUUAAAGGCUUUGACACAUCUUCCUCAUCUUCGAACUCAGCAGCCUCCUCAUCCUUCAAAUUUGGUGUCCCAUCACCCUCUUCUGGGCCUUCUCAGGCUUUAACAAGCACUGGAAAUUUCAAAUUUGGAGAUCAGGGAGGAUUCAAAAUAGGUGUGUCAUCUGAUUCUGGGUCUGUAAACCCCAUGAGUGAAGGCUUUAAAUUUUCUAAACCAAUAGGAGAUUUUAAAUUUGGAGUAUCAUCUGAAUCUAAGCCCGAAGAAGUUAAAAAAGAUAGUAAGAAUGAUAAUUUUAAGUUUGGACUUUCUUCUGGUUUAAGCAACCCAGUUUCUUUAACUCCAUUUCAAUUUGGGGUGUCUAAUCUUGGACAGGAAGAAAAGAAAGAGGAACUGCCCAAAUGUUCAUCUGCAGGUUUUAGCUUUGGUACAGGUGUUAUUAACUCCACUCCUGCUCCUGCUAACACCAUAGUGACCUCUGAGAACAAGAGCAGCUUCAACUUUGGAACCAUAGAAACCAAGAGUGCUUCAGUGGCUCCUUUCACAUGUAAGACAUCAGAAGCUAAAAAAGAAGAAAUGCCAGCCACCAAAGGAGGAUUCUCUUUUGGCAAUGUGGAGCCUGCCUCUCUGCCAUCUGCCUCAGUGUUUGUUUUGGGAAGGACAGAAGAGAAACAGCAAGAGCCUGUCACUUCUACUUCCCUAGUUUUUGGGAAGAAAGCUGACAAUGAAGAGCCAAAGUGUCAACCAGUGUUUUCCUUUGGGAAUUCAGAGCAAACCAAAGAUGAGAAUUCUUCCAAGUCCACAUUUAGUUUUAGCAUGACAAAACCAUCUGAGAAGGAAUCUGAACAGCCAGCAAAAGCCACUUUUGCCUUUGGAGCUCAAACUAGUACUACAGCUGAUCAAGGUGCAGCAAAGCCAGUUUUUAGUUUCUUGAACAACAAUUCCUCUAGUUCAAGUACACCAGCCACUUCUGCUGGUGGUGGCAUAUUUGGUAGUUCCACCUCUUCCUCCAAUCCACCCGUGGCUACCUUUGUGUUUGGACAGUCCAGCAAUCCUGUGAGCAGCUCUGCCUUUGGUAACACUGCUGAAUCCAGCACCUCUCAGUCUUUGCUAUUUUCUCAAGAUAGCAAACUAGCAACCACAUCCAGCACAGGUACAGCUGUCACCCCAUUUGUCUUUGGUCCAGGAGCCAGCAGUAAUAAUACUGCCACCUCUGGUUUCGGCUUUGGAGCCACGACCACGUCUAGCUCUGCAGGAUCCUCCUUCGUAUUUGGAACUGGACCUUCAGCACCAUCUGCCAGUCCAGCAUUUGGUGCUAACCAGACCCCAACAUUUGGACAAAGUCAAGGUGCCAGCCAGCCCAAUCCCCCAGGCUUUGGAUCUAUAUCAUCUUCCACAGCAUUAUUUUCCAGUGGUUCUCAGCCUGCACCACCUACUUUUGGGACAGUGUCAAGCAGUAGUCAGCCCCCUGUGUUUGGACAGCAACCUAGUCAGUCUGCGUUUGGCUCUGGAACAACUCCUAAUUCCAGUUCGGUUUUCCAGUUUGGCAGCAGCACUACAAAUUUCAACUUCACAAACAACAAUCCAUCAGGAGUGUUCACAUUUGGUGCAAAUUCUAGCACACCUGCAGCCUCAGCCCAGCCUUCAGGCUCCGGGGGCUUUCCAUUUAACCAGUCGCCAGCAGCAUUUACAGUGGGGUCAAAUGGGAAAAAUGUGUUCUCUUCUGGAACUUCAGUCUCUGGUCGGAAGAUAAAGACUGCUGUUAGACGCAGGAAAUAAAGGUCACAUUGGUGUUAUACGCAAUUUUAACAACAGCUGGUGCCCUGCUUUCAGAUACUGGAUUGUACUUUGUGCUGGGGUUAUCUGAAGUCAGAUCUGCCUAAGGACUUCUUUAAUUUUGGAAUUUUCCUCCUUUUUCGUUACAGAAGCCCCAACCCGCCUCACCCACCCUUUUUAAAAAAUAUAAUAGCUAGACUGGUGACUGAUUCUUCAGCAAAAAUAUUUUAUGAUCCAGCAGAUUAUUCACUGAUUUGACAUAGUCUGGCUGUACCCAGGAAUGGAGCCUGCACGGCGAAUGGCUUUGUAUAGAACCUCUUUUGUCUACACCAUUAUGUGCGCUGAUAAGCGUUUACGGAACGCAUUGAAAUUGUAAUUAUAUCUGAGGAAUUCUGUAUAGAUUAGAAUUCUGUAUAGAUUAGAGAAUGUUGAAACGGAUGAUUUCUAUGCUGAGUUUGUGCUGGUGUAUGUGUGAAGUGAGUGAGUUGGGUGUAUUGUGCACUAAACUUUUCUGAUAGAGGAAGCCUGAUUAAAGAAUGGUCCGUGCUGAGGACUUGUUAGAUCUAGUUCAUCCUCCAUUUAAUAAUUAUAUGCUAUUUCUAUAUUUUCAUUCUUCUAUCACCUGUCUUGCCUUUUUCAUUAUUUUAUUAUGAAACUUGUGUAAAUACAAUUUUGUUUCUGUACUUUUUUGGCAUAACAUAAAUCUGUGAACUUGAAAUUUGAAUUUUGUGUUAGAGAUUUUUUUGUUGUUUGUUUAGUCUUGUCUCAGAUUUUAUUAUGUAAAUCCCAUUAUUCAAAGUUGCCUAAAUCCAUUUGGAAAUCUUUAAAAAAAAAUUGGGGAUUCUUAAAGUUGAAUUUAUUGGCUUUUCUGAUCCAGUUUUGUUUGGACCAAAAACCAGUAUUGUACAAAGUAUUAAGCAUAUAUUUUUAUAUUUACUAAAAUGGACUGUGGUGACUUUGGAUAAUAAGGAAAAGUUUAAUAUUAAAGCCAUGUUUAUUACAGUAUAAUUAACAUGUUAAACCAUGGGAUAAAUGCCAUCAAUAAAAAAUUAUGACAUACUUUUUGUUCUAGUUUUACCUCA